GAGGAGCGAGACUCUCGAGCUGUUAGACUGACGUGAUAACCAACUACACCACCAGACCUUGGUGAAUGAGCAGCCAAGAUUGGCAAAUAUACAUGUUGCGGUGAGGAAUUGUGCGCGUGUGAGAAGUGGGAUGUGUGUGGUGGAGAUGCGUGAAGCGAAAGCAAAUGCAGAGGCGGGCCGAGAUGCAGGGUGUCAUCCAAUGGUCGAGUGCCGUUGUGUCGGCGUUGACAAGGGUAGAAGAGUGGGAAUGGGAGCUGCAGGUGGAUGCGGGAACCGAGAAAACAACAUUCGCGUCUUAUGUUGAGAUGCGAUUCUGGUGUGGCUACCAGCUAGCUUGUUGCCAUUGCUGCGGGUAUGAAGAAAAGCGAGCAAGAAGAUGGCAAAGCUCGCCACGGCAACAAGUUAGUGAUCCAAUAUUUCCAGGCAGAUGCUUCUCUCUCUCUGUCGACCUUGAAGAGCGUUGUCAUGAGAGUCCCCGAACAAGAACACACCCUAGUGAGAAGAUUCGGCCAAUGAUCGCGUCCGAAAGAGCACAAUCGCGAGUUCUCAAGGCCAGGGGUACCAUGAACCGCGUCAGUCGCGACUUGAGAAUGGCAGAAAGGGAUGCGAACAAUAAGGAUAAGGAACGCCAAAUGGCCGCAGGCAUGGUCGAGGAAUUGUUUUGGACGACCGCGGCUGGGACGGGAACGAUUGGCUGA